AUGACGCGGAAGGAGCGUCAAAAGUUGAGGCCAUAUUCAGUUUUUAGUGGUGUUGUGGGAGUGGAGGUUUCCGUAGAGAUUGAAAUUGGCGGAGACAGAGACAACAAUAAUAAUACCGAUUUGGAAGCCGGGGAUGGCAAAACAGAAAUAUUGCAUAAUGAUCAGGCUAGUGAUGGAAAUAUGUACCAUUGGAUUAGCACUAAUACUUUAGAACAAGGAGGAGGAAAAGGGGAAGAAGGAGAUACUGGCGAGGGAGGAGGAGGAGGAGGAGGAGGAGGAGGGGAUUGUGGUGGCGGAGGAGUCAACUCCGGUCAUCAUGGCGAUGGCGCCGGAGGCCAUGGACAUGGAGGUGGAGGAAGAGGAGGAAGUGGUGCAAUUGAAAGUGGAGGUGAAGGUGGAGGAAGUAGUAAUGUUGAAAGUGGAAGUGGAGGAGGGGGUAGUACUUUUGACCAUGGAGGAGGACAUUCCGGUGGUGGAGGAGGAUAUUCCGGCGGAGGAGAUCAUUUUAGUGGCGGUGGAGGAGGAUAUUCCAGUGGAUAUUCCGACGGAGGAGGAUAUUCAAGUGGAGGUUACAGUGACAGUGGAGGCUUCAGCGGUGGCGGCGGGGGAGAUUAUUUUAGUGGCGGUGGAGGAGGGAGCAUGUGGUGGUGGAGUAGAUAUGGAGGAGGAGGUUAUGAUGGUGGAGCGGAUUAUGCCAUUGGAAUAGGAGGUUUCGGCGGUGGAGGCGAUUAUGGUGGUGAAGGGGGAGGAGGAGGUUUUGGUGGUGGAGGCGAUUAUGGUGGAGGAGGAGGAGGAGGAGGCGGUGGUGGUGGUGGUGGCAGCGCUUAUUGA